AGUUGUACUUUAUGUUGCUUGUGGUUUUAGGUUAACUUAAAAUACAUACAUGCAUGAGUCUUGUUAUAUACUACACUCAAAGAAUUUCAGCAGUUUAUAUUUUGAUAGAGCUCUUUGUUUGCAUGAACCGUAAAAAGGUUUGUUCAUCCUUUGGAAGUUAUUAUAGUGAUUAUUGCUGUGGUUGAAGUACUUCUUUUGGUUAUGGCCUCUUCAUCUUCUUCACGCGAAAAAAUUUCUAUCCCUUUCCAGCCACUAUUGGUUCAGAUCACUGAUUGUCUUGACUUCCCUAGGCCUACUUAUUCUGUGAUCCAGUUAAGUGUAGUUCAUGUGUGUAUAUAAGAACUGAGGGUGAGCGUGGUAUUUUCUGGUUUGAUGGAGAAGCAGUUACCAUUGAGGAAUCUAAAGAGAAUGCAGCUCAGAGAGCAGUGUCCUUUUUAAUUAAGAAAUAUGGUGUGUGUGUUGGUGAUUUCACAAUGGAUAGAAUGCGAAUGUAUGACUUGUGUGGAAAGUUGUAUAGGCUAAAACGCAAAUCUGUAGAAUGUCGUAAUGGAACAAAUAAUUGUAGUAAGAAGAUUGUAGGUGAUGUUCUACAUGUUGCACUUGAUUUUGUGGCCUUUCUUCCUAAAGUCAUUAGGCAAACUGGUGUUCUUGUAACUGGUUUAGAAACAUUGUAUUCAGAAGGGCAGGGUUAUAUAUCUUGGCUUAUAGUCACUUCUGUUUAUGUCACGAGUGGGAUGGAGUGUAUAUUCAGUGAAUUGUGUGUGGAUAGCAAUGAGUCUGUACAAAUGGUUGCUAAGAAAACAAUUUAUUAUAUUAUGCAGUUAUAUAAUUUGGAUAUUGUGGAUGCAAACUAUGGAUGUGCAAGUUUUAGAGGAGUUUUAGGUUCUCUAGAAAGGGAAAGUUGUUUAGCAGUAGAAGAGCGAAAGAAAGGGCAUAAAUAUAAUGCACAACCGUUACCUUUCUUAGCUGCAGAAAGUCCAUCUACUCUAUCUAAGGAUAAUUCUGAAGCUGCUGUGAUUGUUCCUGCUCCAAGCACUCCUGCUCUUUUAGUUUUGAAAAGGCUAUCAGGGACUUCGGGUGUACCCAAGUCUGAAACUAGCAUUUCCUCUGUAGCAGCAAAAAGAAUUAAAUUUGUAUAGGUCUAGAAUUUUAGUUAGCAAAAUACAUUAUGUCUGAUGUAGUUAUAUAUCAACUAUCUUAUGUUAUGUAUCUUUGUGGAUUAAAGCUUUGUAAUAUGUAGUUAAGAAUGUUUAAUUAUAUACCAAUUUUCAUGAUGUAUCAUAAAUUAUGUUUACAUCUAUGUGGUUGUAUGAAACACU